AUGCCAGCCGAUGAUUCUGCUGCACCACAGGCAGCCCCAGCCAUCGAUCCAACGUGGACCGCAAGUCGAACGGCAAGACAGCUUUUCGACCUUCACCUUGUUGAAAAGACCGAUGGACCGGACGACAAACUACCUCAAGGCGAAGAACGUUCUGAACAGUUCGUCAUUGAAGUCAGCGAGUAUUUUGAAAGGCUUAACACGAUUCAAUUGCAAAUUCGCUCAGGCUUAGCCCACAUCCGCCACGCUCGCAUCCCCAUCUCAGCAAUCAACGCACCUCCUGCCGAUUUCAUCCCAUCGUCACUUGGCGUUGGACUUCCUGGAGAUCUCAGCAACCCAUCGACCAAGACUCGAGGACUACAAGAAGAGAAGGUCGAUAGGGACGCAUGGAACGGGAUUCUUGAAGCACUUACGCAGCUGAAAGAGGCCCGGGAUGCCGAGCGUCAACAACAAGCACAGUCCUCAGAAGACGCGAUGCAGGAGUGA